AUGUAUAGAGUUUUAAUUUUCAAAGUCUUUUCAAAUUUCUUAAUCAUAAAUAAAAUCUCAAAUCUUAUUAAAUAAAUGUUUUCUUUGAUAGUCUUUAAGAUAUUUGUUAUUAACAUUAGUUCUCUAUUUAAAAAAGUAAAUAAAAAAUGCAUAAUUAUUAAUUUAUGUUUAUUAAUUGGUGAACGAAAUUCGUACAUAAUUUUUAUAAAUUUUAAUUCAUUCACAAAUUAUAAUUUUUUUAUUCUUGGAUAUAAAUCUUAUUCUAUGGAUAUAAAUAUUUUGCAGUUCUUUUUUGUUUUCUAAUUUAAAAAUUGUAAUAUAAGAAAUUAUAAUUUUUUUAAUAUCUCAAAUAAAUUUUUCAUUCUAGUAUAAUGUAUUUUUUUCUAUAUUAAUUUGAAUAUUUUAUUAUAUUUAUAUUGAUUUAUAUAAUAUAUGUGAAUUUUAUCACAAAUUCAUCAUGUAUAUCAAUAUCAUAAAAUUUUACAAAGUAAAAAUAAUUUUUUUAAAUAAAUUAUUAUUUAUUGAAAAAGAUUAUAUAAAUUUUAUAAUAUAAAAAAUUUUGGAAUUCUUGAAAAAUUACAUGUUAUGAUUAAUAAAAAUGUAUAUUAAUACUAAACACAAAUAUAUGCGAUUUUGUGUUGUCAUAGCAACUCAUAGAAUAUAAAGAUAUAACCACAAAGAAAAUUGUUGAUUAAAUGAAUUAUUUAUUAUAUCAGUGAAUUAUUUUUUCAUAAUAAAUGAAUACAAUAAAUACUAAAAGAUAUCUCGUCAUUAUAAUUAUACAAUAUUUAAUAUUACUUUUUGAUAUCUUUGUUAAUUCAUUUACUAGCUUCUCUAGAUCAAAUUCAAUCAAUUUAUUAAUUCUCUAUGUGGCUCAAGAUAUAUGUAUUAUUAUGACUAUCACACUUCUACUAGUUAACUUCUUUUCUACUUACAUUUUUCAGAUAGGAUUAAUACAAUUAUUAUAUACAAAAUUUCGUAUAACAUUAAUAUUGUGUAUUAUAUAUAUGGUAUUAAGCAUUACUUUACAUAUAUGGGAUAUUAAGCUGCAUUGGUCAUCACCUCUCAAAUAUUAUUGGACUACAAAUUUUCAUGUACUCUAUUCAUUACAUAGAGGAGUUGCAGUUUUAUACUAUUAUUUCUAUAAGAGGGCAUCUCUUCGAAUCGCAGAUCCAAGAUUCUAUGAAAGUUCAACAUGGACUCAAAGCCAAUUCAUUUUUUCAUAAUUAAUAUUUAUAAUUAAAUGUUAUAAUAAAGAAACUAAUAAA